GGGUUUGCAACAAGUAUAUUUUCUUGAGGUUUCACUUUUCUAUUUCUACACUUCUACAGUCGUCCAGUGUCUAGUUCAAGUUAAUUUUAUGUCGAUAAGGAGUUUAAUAAAUAAAAAAGAUCCUUUAAUUACCUUAAACCGUUAUUUUCGAUAAAUUCGACAUCAAUUCGCUAUUGUACUGAGUCCCGUGUAAUAGGGAGUCUAAAAGUAGAACUUAACUUAUAAGAAAAUGUCGGCUUCAAGAAUUUUAGGUGCACUCAAUCGAGUGACAAAAACUCCAAUUCUUCAGAAUAAACUAAUUCAAUUUCCAUCGAUCACAAGAAUGAUGUCAGCCGCAGCUCCUGCUGCCAACAAGCACACUUCGACUAAAGUUGUCGACGGUGUUCUUGUCGUCACAAUCGACUCUCCCAAUGCGAAGGUGAACUCCCUCGGCGAAGAGAUUAGUGCCGAAUUCGAGGGCAUCCUUCGGGAGCUCGAAACCAAUUCAAGUGUCAACUCAGCAGUUCUGAUCUCAGGCAAACCAGGAUGCUUCAUCGCUGGCGCUGACAUAGGUAUGCUGGAAAAAGUUCAGUCAGCCGAGGAAGCCACAAAAAUUUCACACGGUGCUCAAUUGAUGUUCGAUAGCAUGGAAAGAAGCCGCAAGCCAAUAAUUGCUGCCAUUAAUGGUGUCUGUCUAGGAGGUGGUUUGGAAUUGGCUCUCGCUUGCCACUAUCGCAUUGCAACCAAGGAUAAAAAGACUUCAUUGGCUCUGCCUGAGGUAAUGCUCGGUUUGCUGCCUGGUGGUGGUGGGACACAGCGUUUGCCAAAGCUGACUUCCAUACCAACUGCACUGGAUAUGGAACUGACAGGAAAAACGGUCAAGGCCGACCGUGCCAAAAAACUGGGAAUAGUUGAUCUUUUGGUAAAUCCUCUGGGUCCCGGUUUGAAGCCUGCAGAGGCUUCUACGAUUGAAUACUUAGAAAAGGUAGCCAUCCAAAUAGCUAAAGAUAUCGCCAGUGGAAAAUUAAAGGUCGACAGAGAGAAGAAAGGACUGACAGACAAAGUAAUGAACUUUGCACUCGGAAUUGACUUUAUUAAAAAUAAGGUUUUCGAAAAAGCACGUGGACAGGUGAUGAAAAUGUCCGGUGGACUCUAUCCAGCUCCUCUAAAGAUCAUUGAUGUCAUCAAAAAAGGUGUAGAUGCAGGACACGUAGGUGGCUACGAAGCCGAAAGAAAGGGAUUCGGUGAAUUAGCUAUGACGCCAGAAUCCAAGGGACUGAUUGGACUGUUCCGGGGUCAAACAGAAUGUAAAAAGAAUCGAUUUGGAGCUCCUGAGCGUAAAAUCCAGAACGUCGGAGUACUCGGAGCUGGUUUGAUGGGUGCUGGUAUUGUUCAGGUGUCAGUUGAUAAAGGCUACCAGGUUAUUAUGAAAGACACAAACGAUGCUGGUCUCUCACGAGGCGUUGGGCAAGUUCAAAAAGGCUUGGAGAAUGCUGUUAAGCGAAAACGCAUCACUGGCCUAGACAGAGACAAGAUUCUUGCCAAUUUAAAACCUACCCUAUCUUACGAUGCUUUCAAAAACGCCGACAUUGUCAUUGAAGCUGUAUUCGAAGAUAUCAAUAUUAAGCACAAGGUUAUCAAGGAACUAGAAGCUGUCGUUCCCAAGCAAUGUAUCAUUGCCACCAACACCAGUGCUAUUCCAAUUACCAAAAUAGCUGCUGGAAGCUCGCGGCCAGACAAAGUGGUUGGUAUGCAUUAUUUUUCGCCAGUCGAUAAGAUGCAGUUGUUGGAAAUUAUCACACAUCCGGGAACUUCAAAGGACACAGCAGCCGCCGCUGUUGCUGUGGGUUUGAAACAGGGAAAGGUUGUCAUCACAGUUGGUGAUGGCCCUGGAUUUUACACGACAAGGAUUCUUGCCACUAUGCUUUCGGAAGCUAUCAGGCUUCUGCAAGAAGGUGUCGAUCCAAAGGAUUUGGAUAAAAUGAGCAAAACCUUUGGAUUCCCUGUAGGAGCUGCAACAUUAGCUGAUGAAGUUGGAAUUGAUGUUGGAUCUCAUAUUGCAGUGGAUCUAUCAAAGGCCUUUGGUGAACGUUUCAGCGGAGGUAAUCUUGAAGUAAUGCAAGAUCUUGUUAAAGCUGGAUUCAUGGGUCGUAAAUCUGGCAAGGGAGUAUUCUUGUACGAAGGAAAAUCGAAGGGCUCUCGAGAGGUCAACCAAGAAGCUUUGGAAAUUGUCAAACAAAAGUAUUCUCUUGUUCCGAAGGGUGCUACCAGUGUUGAGGAUAUGCAAUUGCGAAUGGUUUCACGAUUUGUGAAUGAAGCUGUUCUCUGCUUGGAAGAGAAAAUUCUCGAUAGUCCCUUGGAAGGUGAUAUCGGUGCUGUUUUCGGUUUGGGAUUCCCACCAUUCACUGGUGGUCCAUUCCGUUGGGUUGAUCAAUACUCAGCCUCAAAAUUAGUCAACAAAAUGCAAUCAUACGCCGAUUUAUAUGGAGCACCUUUCAAACCAGCUCAAACUUUAUUAGACAUGGCUAAGGAUCCAUCCAAGAAAUUCCAUGUUGGAAAAACAUCUUCAAAAUUGUAAAUUUCUUAGGCUCUCUUCUUUAAAAACAACAAAGUAGUCUGUACUGGGUCUGAGCAAUUAAAAUUAACACGCAAAGAAGAAAAGUGGAGUUUAAAGUCGAAAUUAAGUGCACUUAAAGGUCAAUUUUUGUGUCGAAAAACAAAACAAAAAUGAUCGCCAAAAAUAUUUACUAUCCUGCAUUUAAUGUAAUUUAGUUCUUAAAGCGAAUUCAUAAAUAUUAUAUAUGUAUAACCGUUACGUUUGUAAGUAAAUAAAAAUCUUUUUUAUCUUAA